AGCAUGGCCCGCCGGCGUAGUCCCCAGUAUGUGUUACGGUGUGAUCUGUGUGAGACCCCGGUCCCCCCUACGGAGUGUAUGUACUGUGACAUUUGUGACAAAUAUCUGUGUAGCCCAUGUGUAGGGAAGCAUCUUUCAGACCUAUCCAAAGAACACAAAGUGGUGACUUUUGGAAAGCGAGGAUCAACCACAAAAUGUCAAAAACAUUCCUCAAAAAUAUGUGAACUUUUCUGUAAACAAUGUGGCACUCCUAUUUGUAUAAAGUGUGCUUCCUCUAAAGAGCACAAAGGUCAUGAAUUUAUUGACAUGGUGGCAACACUAGAAAACCAAAAAGAAAUCAUACUAAGAGAUGUACAAGAACUAGAAAAACUCAUUUCUCCUAAAUAUCAGGAGAUUGCAGCUAUCAUCCCACUUCAGAAAGCUGAUCUGAAUGAAAAUUCGAAAAAACUGACAAAAGCUAUUGAGAAACAUGGCAAAGACUUGCGCAGAGAAAUCGACACCAUUAUCAAAAAACUGAAAUCAGAUCUUGAUGAAAUGGACUCAAAAAACCUGGCUUUACUAAAUAAACAUGAAAAUGAAAUCAAGUGCACAAUUUCUGAAAUCAAACAGAGCAUUGCUGAUCUGAAGAAGUUACUUAACUCAAAUGAUGUCAGUCUCGUCUCUGCCUACAAAUCAAGAAAUGCUGAAUUCAGAAGAUUGCCUCCUAAACUUACUGUUACCUUACCAAGAUAUACACCUAAGAAGACUGAUAAAACACAGAUUUAUCAACAGUUUGGUUUUCUGUCAGCGUUAUCUACCAAAACAGAAGAACUUGGAUACAUAGUGGAUUCUCCAGAUGCAGAGUCCUCCCCCUUGGACAGACCGCUCAUUAAUGUACCACAUAUCAUAACAAAUAUAAACACUGAGUUUGGACAUUUAAAUAAGUUACACCGUGUGUCAUGUCAGAGUGAUGGAGACAUUUGGACAUGUGGUAAUGACAAUAUGAUGAGACUCUACAACCUGCAGGGCGAACUAGUGAAGUCAGUCCAAACCAAGUCAGGGAGCAGGCCAGAGGACAUUGAGGUGACAAGAACUGGGGAUCUAGUUUAUACUGAUAAAGAUGAUAGAACUGUAAACAUAAUACAGAAUACACCAAUACAGACAGUGAUCAGACUACAGGGCUGGAGACCUCUAAGUUUCUGUUGUACCUUAUCUGGUGACAUCCUGGUUGUUGUAAACAGUGAUAAUGAUGAACAAACAAAAGUUGUGCGUUACUUUGGCUCAACAGAAAAACAGAGUAUUCAAUACAAUGAUAGAAAAGAACCCCUUUUUUCAACAGGUGUCCUUAAAUACAUCUGUGAAAACAGGAACCUAGAUAUCUGUGUGUCAGACAAUAGAGCUCGUGCAGUAUUGGUAAUCAACCAGGCCGGGAAACUCCGGUUUACCUACACUGGUAAUAUCUCUAGUACUACCUUGGGAUGUCCACGUGACAUCACUACAGACAGCCAGAGUCGCAUCUUAAUAGCAGGCAGCAACAACUGCAUCCACAUUCUGGAUCAGGAUGGACAGUUCCUCCGCUACAUUGACAAUUGUCAAUUACAGACUCCAUGGGGUUUAUGUGUGGACUCCAGGGACAACCUCUUUGUGGCCGAGUUUUACUCGGGUAAAGUGAAAAAAAUCCAAUAUAACAAAUAAAAAAAUUGUUAAAACCAAUAUAUUUACUGUGGCAGUGAUUGUAAAUGUAAUAAUUAAAUGAGCCUGUGUAAUAUAAUUAUAUUCUAGUAUAACAGAUGUAAACAAACUGAGUGUAUAUUCAUAUAACUUGUGUAAACAGACGGAUUGUUUUGUGUACAUGUGAUAAGUAAAAACGAAAUGUUUUUAUUCAUUGAAUGUAUUUUAUUAAUAUAUACAUAUCUGCAGAUUAAAAUGUUGAAUUUAUAAACUUUACAAAAAUAUAAUUUGUUCAUACAUAUCUAAAAUGUAAAUUUCCGACAAAAAUAAUAAUUUUAAUAUUGAUUCGAUAAGUUCUUAUGACGUCACCGCUUUAGUAUAUAUUGCGGGUCACAGAAAUAAUAAUCUUAAUAUUGAUUCGAUAUACUUUAAUCUGCAGAGGGUUG